GGACAGCGGGUGCUGCUGUUAGCUAAUAUUCGUUUUGUUUCUAAAUGAAAAGGAUUUAAUUAUAUCCUUUUCAGAGCAUUUCAGUUAAAGUACUCUUUUACUAUGUUUCGUUUACACAUGAAAUUGUGAACGUAUUUAAUGCGUGCGUUUUGUACAGUAUUUAUUUUGCAGCAAGUAGCCGGGUUAGCAUCUUUGUUGGAAGUUUAGGCCUACUGUGCCACCGCUUGUCGAUUUUAACAAUAGCUGCGAUACACUCCCCUCCUCUCCUUGUUUUGAUACACUCCCGAGGAUUAUCUUUAAAGCAGUCGAAGAAAGAACAUGGAAGAAAAACAGGUCUGGGCUCCUUUCAGCAAGUGAGACAUCUGUUAUGUUGACGGACUUUUAAUAUUACGGGAACCGGAGACAUUUUGCGAGCUGCAUCAGAAAACAUAAGGAUCACAAAGGAAGAUGUCCAACGGCGCUGCAGGAAGCGGAGGUCUGGCUUGGAUGGAGGCUGCAAACGGCAGAGGUGAUUCUGGGAAGAUGGAAGGGUCCAAGAAAGACAAGGCAGGCUCCAAGUUAUCUGUGGAGCGAGUGUACCAGAAGAAGACCCAGCUAGAGCACAUCCUUCUCCGUCCAGACACAUACAUUGGCAGUGUGGAGCCCAUCACUCAGCAAAUGUGGGUGUUUGAUGAAGAAAUAGGAAUGAACCAGAGGGAAAUAACCUAUGUUCCUGGACUGUACAAAAUCUUUGAUGAAAUCCUUGUUAACGCAGCAGACAACAAACAAAGGGACAAGAACAUGACCGGCAUUAAGAUCACCAUAGACCCUGAAUCCAACACGAUUUCCAUCUGGAACAACGGUAAAGGAAUUCCUGUGGUGGAGCAUAAAGACGAGAAGAUGUACGUCCCAGCUCUCAUUUUUGGCCACCUGCUCACCUCCAGCAACUACGAUGACGAAGAGAAGAAGGUGACAGGUGGAAGAAAUGGGUACGGUGCUAAACUCUGCAACAUCUUCAGUACCAAGUUCACAGUGGAAACUGCCUGCAAGGAGUACAGACACAGUUUCAAACAGACGUGGCAGAACAACAUGACCAAGACCUCAGAUCCCAAGAUCAAGUUCUUUGACGGGGAUGACUUCACCUGCGUAACCUUCCAGCCGGACCUGGCCAAGUUUGCGAUGGAGAAACUGGACAAGGAUAUCGUAGCGCUUCUUACCCGCAGAGCAUAUGAUGUAGCCGGCUCCUGCAAGGGGGUUAAAGUGUCACUGAACGGCAAAAAAUUACCCGUUACUGGCUUCCGCAGCUACGUGGAUCUGUAUGUAAAGGACAAACUGGACGAGACAGGCGUGGCCCUGAAGGUGGUGAACGAAACUGUGAACGAUCGGUGGGACGUUUGCCUGACUAUGAGUGAGAAAGGAUUCCAGCAAAUCAGCUUUGUUAACAGCAUUGCAACUACUAAGGGCGGCAGACAUAUUGACUAUGUGGUCGACCAGAUUGUGGCCAAACUUAUUGAGGUGGUGAAGAAGAAGAACAAGGCAGGAGUAUCGGUCAAACCCUUCCAGGUGAAGAACCACAUCUGGGUCUUUGUGAACGCGCUGAUUGAAAAUCCAUCCUUCGACUCCCAGACCAAGGAGAACAUGACACUGCAGACCAAGAGCUUUGGGUCCAAGUGCCUUCUGUCAGAGAAGUUUAUCAGGGCUGCAACCAACUGCGGGAUCGUGGAGAGUAUACUCAACUGGGUGAAGUUCAAAGCUCAGACGCAGCUGAAUAAGAAGUGCUCAUCUGUGAAGCACAGCAAGAUCAAAGGCAUCCCCAAGCUAGAUGACGCCAAUGAUGCUGGUGGCAAACACUCCUCUGAAUGCACACUCAUCCUCACUGAGGGAGACUCGGCUAAGUCUCUGGCUGUCUCUGGACUGGGAGUCAUCGGACGCGAUCGCUAUGGAGUGUUCCCACUGAGAGGAAAGAUCCUGAACGUGCGAGAGGCGACACACAAGCAGAUAAUGGAAAACGCUGAGAUAAACAACAUCAUCAAAAUCGUUGGCCUCCAGUACAAGAAGAGCUAUGACGACGCAGAGUCACUGAGAAGUCUGCGCUACGGCAGAAUCAUGAUCAUGACAGAUCAGGAUCAAGACGGCUCCCAUAUCAAAGGUCUGCUCAUCAACUUCUUCCACCACAAUUGGCCCUCUCUGCUGAAGCACACAUUCCUGGAGGAGUUCAUCACACCCAUUGUCAAAGUGACAAAGAACAAGCAGGAGCUUUCCUUCUACAGCAUUCCAGAGUUUGACGAGUGGAAGAAACAAACAGAGAAUUUUAAAACCUGGCAUAUAAAGUACUACAAAGGUUUGGGUACAAGUACAAGCAAAGAAGCAAAAGAAUACUUUGCUGACAUGGAGAAACACCGCAUCACAUUCAGAUACAGCGGUGCUGAGGACGACGCUGCCAUCACUCUGGCCUUUAGUAAGAAGAAGACGGAUGACAGGAAGGAGUGGCUGACUAACUUCAUGGAGGACAGGCGUCAGAGGAGGAUGCAUGGCCUGCCAGAGCAAUACCUUUAUGGAACUCAAGCCAGGCACCUCUCCUACAAUGACUUCAUCAACAAAGAGCUGAUUCUGUUCUCCAACUCUGACAACGAGAGAUCCAUCCCAUCUUUGGUUGACGGUUUAAAGCCAGGUCAGAGGAAGGUGUUGUUUACCUGCUUGAAAAGGAAUGACAAGAGGGAAGUGAAGGUAGCACAGCUGGCUGGUUCCGUGGCAGAGAUGUCUGCUUACCAUCAUGGAGAGCAAGCUCUCAUGAUGACCAUCGUGAACUUGGCCCAGAACUUUGUGGGUAGCAACAAUGCAAACAUCCUGCAACCUCUGGGUCAGUUUGGUACUCGCAUCAACGGAGGAAAAGAUGCUGCCAGCCCUCGUUACAUCUUCACCAUGCUCAGUCCACUUGCCAAGCUGUUGUUCCCAGCAGUGGACUCCAACCUGCUCAAGUUCCUGUACGAUGACAACCAGAAGGUGGAGCCAGAGUGGUACAUUCCCAUCAUUCCAAUGGUUCUGGUGAACGGUGCUGAGGGCAUUGGAACAGGCUGGGCUUGUAAGAUCCCCAACUACGACGUCCGAGAGAUCGUCAACAACAUCAACAGAAUGCUCAACCACCAGGAGCCCAUGCCAAUGCUUCCCAGCUACAAAAACUUCAAAGGGGUGAUUCAUGAACUGGGUCAGAACCAGUACCUUGUCAGUGGAGAGGUGUUGGUCAUAGACAAGAACACAAUCGAGAUCACAGAGCUUCCAGUCCGGACAUGGACACAGGCCUAUAAGGAGUCUGUAUUGGAGCCCAUGCUGCAGGGCACCGACAAGACACCAGCUCUCAUCAAUGACUAUAAAGAAUACCACACAGACACGACGGUCAAGUUUGUGGUUCGCAUGUCUGAGGAGAAACUGGCCCAGGCUGAGGCAGUCGGCCUUCACAAAGUUUUCAAGCUGCAGUCCAGCCUCACCUGCAACUCCAUGGUGCUGUUUGACCACAUGGGCUGUAUGAAGAGGUAUGAUUCAGUCCAGGACAUCCUCAGAGAGUUCUUCGAGCUCCGCCUGCACUACUACAAACUGAGGAAGGACUGGUUACAGGGCAGCUUGGGGGCCGAGGCCUCAAAACUGUCCAACCAGGCUCGCUUUGUACUGGAGAAGAUCGAAGGAAAAGUUUCAAUUGAGAACAAAUCCAAGCGUGAACUGAUCCGCAUGCUGGUCCAGAAAGGCUAUGAAUCUGAUCCUGUGGCUGCCUGGGCCAAAUCUCAGGAAAAGUCUCAGGAAGAAGAUUACCGUGACGGAAACGACAGCGACAGCUCAGUGGACUCGGGCUCCACGUCAGGGCCAAACUUCAACUACAUCCUCAACAUGCCUCUGUGGUGCCUGACUAAAGAGAAGGUGGAGGAGCUGCUCAAACAGAGGGACCUAAAGAGAGGAGAGCUGAGUGAUCUGCAGAGGAAAUCUCCUGAGGAUCUGUGGAAGGAGGACUUGGCCAUCUUCGUCGAGGAGCUGGAUAGUGUGGAGACUCAGGAGCGAGAGGAGCAGAGUUCAGGAAAGGCCAUCAAACUGGUGAAGGGUAAAGUGGGCAAACCUAAAGCGAAGAAGCUGAACCUGGAGGAGACUUUGCCUUCACCGUUUGGCCGCAGGGUGGAACCUCCAACUCAGCCCAUUAAAUCUGAUGCAGCCAAGAAACUGACCAAAAAGAAGAAGAGUGACUCCGACGUCGCAGUGAAGGUGGAGUUUGAUGACGACGGUUUGGGCGGUGAGGGAGCAACAGGAGGAGGAGCAGCAGCAGAAAACUCCACUCCAGCCAAACCAAAAACUCCACGUGUCAAGAAAGAAAAGAAAGAGCCUGGAACUCCCCGAGUGAAGAAGCCUCCAGGACCCAAAGGUUCUUCUGCAAAGAAGGUGAAGAAGAGAAAUCCCUGGUCUGAUGACGAGUCCAAGUCAGACAGUGACUUAGAGAACAGUCAACCUGUCAUUCCCAGAGAGACCAAGUCCCAGAGAGCAUCAGCUUCCAAGCCUAAGUACACAUUUGACUUCUCGGAGGAGGAGGCAGACGAAGAGGAGAACGGAGACGACGACGUGGCUUCUUCUCCGGUGAGGUCGUUCAAAGAUGACUUCACUUUCUCUGACACCAAGGAGCGCUACAACGACCACAAUGACGACGAAGACGAAGACGACGACAACGAAGACUCCUUCCCUCCGCCUCCGCCCAAACAAAAGACCACGUCUGCACCUGUAGCUAAAAAGAAAGACACAACCAGCAUCUUCUCAUCCAAGUCCGCCUUCUCUGAAAAGAGCAAUGACAGUGACGGGUCCAAGUCUGAUAGCGACGACGACAACGGCCCAGCCUUCUCCACUUACUCCAGCAGCUCUGCAUUCGACAAACUAUCGCCAGCAAAGAAAGCAGCUAAAAAACCCUCUGAUGCAGCUCCCAAACCGAAGAAACCACCAGCACCAAAAGCAAAGAAACCAGAUAAAUCCAUCUGGGACUCUGACUCCGACACUGGGUCCAAGAAACCAUCACCAGCUCUUAAAGGUAAAGGUCGAGGGAGGAAGAGGAAGGGCUCCGGCUCUGAAGACGAGUACAGUCCGAUGAAGAAAGCAGCAAAACCUGUCGGCAGAAAGCCACAGAAGCCUCCAUCCGAAGACGAGGAUGACGACAGCAACAGCCUGAGCGCCAUGAGCGCUCCGUCCCGCGACCGGCCGGGCCGCGCCAAGAAGGAGGUGAAGUACUUCCACGAGUCGGACAACGAGGAAGACGAUGACGACGAUGACAUGUUCGAUUAAAGCAACCUUCAGUCACGUUCAAACACACUCCGCCUGUAUUAUGGAAGUUUCCUCCUCCUCCUCCUCCUGUGUCCCCACAGACUUUUGUACAUUUCCCGUUACGUUUUCUUUUCAUUAAUGGUGAUGUUCAAUGAUUUUUAAUGUGUAGGUGUUUUACACUUUUUAUUAUUAUACAUAUACAGGUUUCUUUUUUUAUGCUCAUUGAAAUGUUCUGUAUUUGUCCGAAGCGGCUUUUAGAAGUUUAGAACGCUGUGCUUUAGCACAUUUUAAUUGUUAAAAUACUCUGUAACUUUUUGAACAUGAGGUUGAAAGUAAACAAUGAAAUGUC